AUGCCACCAAAUGUACCACCUACUUCAAGGCAACUUCCCACUACUAGUGGGAAUACGACGCCACCAGGACUCGUAAGCGCUAGAACGCACCCCAUCAACAUGCCGACUCCUCGAGUACCAGCUCGACCGGCCAACCGAACUUGCAGGUUUACCGGGUGCUUCCAUUACGUGGUCGACAAAGGACUCUGUGUUCGACAUGGGGGUGGGAAGCGUUGCACAGCUGAAGGUUGCUCGAGUCGAGCCAAACAUAUUGGUCGUUGUUGGAAGCACGGUGGAUCGAUGGAGUGUAAAUCUCACGGUUGCUCUAACCGAGCCAAGUCUCGCGGCUACUGCUGGUCUCAUGGCGGCGGUGCCAAGUGUAAAACAGAAGCUUGUGAUAAAAUUGCUAUCUCUAAUGGGAUGUGCUGGGCUCACGGCGGAGGUACGCAUGCAUGCUGA